AUGCGCACCUCCAUCCUCCUCCCCUCGCUCCUAGCGACCUUCGCCUCCGCCGUCUGCCCCGGCGCCAACUUCGCCGUCGGCAACGUGCAAACCACCGGCGACACGUCCACCUGGAACGUGUACGACUCCCAAUGCAACGUCGUCGAGAGCCUGGUUACCAAGGAGAAUCCGUGCACGAGCGGCAUGUUUGGGUGCGUUGGCGGCACGUUUAGGCAGUACACGAAUUCGGCGUCGAAGCUCAUAUAUGAUUGCCGCAAGGUGUAUGAUGGACAGGCGUGUGGGGCGAAUACAAUUGACGUUUGUUGCCGGAAUGAUGGGAAGAAGUUUACGACGAUUGUGGAUUUCAAGAGGGCGGAGGCUACGCCUGUAGCUUGA